AUGUGUCUCAUAAGGGGUCUCUACACGGAUGACUUGACGAUGGAAAACGUUGCCGCGGGCAUUAUCAGAUACUACCUUAUGGUAAGUGGAAUUUAAUUUUGUUUUCUACCUGCGAAUUGGUUUUUAAAACACGAUUUCUGACUCACUGAAUCAGCCGUGUGCAAGGCCGGGACAUAGGGAAUUUUCGAUUUUGAGAUUUAAAGCUGGAUAUGACCGCACCCAUCAUAUAAGUGUGUUCCUGAAGCCUUUUGCCCUAAUUCUCCCGUUAACCUAGUUUUAUUUACAAUUUAAGCAAUUUAUAGUAACGUCAAACAUCUCAAAAUUGAGAAGACGUAGAGCCGUAAAACUGGUCAUUUAUGUUUUUGGGCACUGGGAAUCCAAUGGAGGUGGUUUUGGAUCGAAAGGAUUACUGUAACACAGCAAACUUGCGCUUCGGCCGCUCAAAAUCGGCCGUAAAAAAGUUGUUUCUAAAAACCCACAGCUGAAUUUUUGAUAUGUUAAUCAGCAUAAAAUUCUGCCCUAGAAACAUUCAAAAAAGUCCAAAAAUCCGUGUUGCUAUUUUCGUGGUAUAGUGGAUUUUGACAAAGUCUACGAAUCUGACGUCCCGGGUUCAAACGUCCGCUCUGUUAGUCGGACAGCUCCCAGGGGUCUAGGAAAAGUAUUUUUGAUUCAAAUGUGGAAAGGUUGACACAAGCGGGGCAAUUAUCAUGGCUUCAAUAUCGAUUUCUUGAUAUAAAAAUAUGAUAGAGAUUUUACAACACUAUGUUCCUUGGCGCAAAUUUUCUUUUCUUGCAGUUCGUCAUCACUGACCUCGGCUAUGCAAUUCGAAUCGGCUCGGAACGCUCGGCCUUCUAUCCAAUCCCCGAAACGGCUACCACUCACAUCCACGCGAAGAAAGCGUUGAAGUCGGAGGACACAGAGAGCCUGCUCUACAUGGUCUUGGGAAUGAUGGCUCCACUGCCUUGGGCGGGAAUGAAGAAACUUGAGGAAGUUACAAAGACCAAGUUGGAGUGUACUGACGAGAACUCGAUUCCCGACGAGUUUUUCGACAUCAAAGAGGCUGUGACUUUGUGUCUCAUGAGGGGUCUCUACACGGAUGACUUGACGAUGGAAAACGUGGCCGCGGGCAUUAUCAGAUAUUACCUUUCGGUAUGUGGAAUUCAAUUUUUUUUUACCUGCGAAUUGGUUUUUAAGCGCAUUUUAUAUUUUGAAAAACUUUCAGACCGUACCGUUGCACGAGCUCCACCUUCCUGUUCCUUUUCCAAAUGCUGAUGUCAAAUUGGUGGCACGUUCAAGUCGUAUGACUAGAAAGACCCGAGAAGACAUUGUAUUUUUUUAG